AAAAAGCCUGAUAUUUCUGGGCUAUUUAAAUAUUAAAGAGGUGGGGUGCAAGGUAAAACUGACCCUAUUGAUUCUAGAUACCUACAUAUUAUGUGACUUUUUCUACAUGGUAUGCACAUAUUCAAUAAUAAACUCUGUAUCAGAACUGGAUACCUCUCAUACUUUGCUUUAAGAUUUAUCAAUUAUGAGAGUGUCAUAUUUUUUAUAUUCAAAUAGGUUUGGCAUGAAAUUUUAGAUGCUGCUGGUGCAGAGCAAUAUAUUUUAUCUAUGUGCAUUGGGGUCUCAGCAUGAGCACAAUGACUCCGAAAAUCAACCUCAGAAUGAUGUUCAAUCUAUGUGGUCUAUGCCCCACAAUGAAAAUGACUCGACCAUUCAACCAUCUAUUAAUGAUAUGAUUUGGUCAAAGAAGAAGCCUUCUGAAAUGGACAAUGAAGCAACUCAUUUAAUGUUGUCCUUACGAGAGGAAAAAAGUACUUACUUUGACGGCAAAAGAACUAGAAAACUCAAAUUGUGGAAUGACAUAGCAAAAGAGUUAGAGGAAAAUAAUUUCCAUCUUGGGAACAAAGGAGGAGAGCGGCGUCGUCAAAAGUUUGCGAAUUUGCCAAAAACUUAUUUAUCUUAUACGAAACAUCAAACUACAACAGGAAGUGAGAGAAUUGAUGAUAUUCCUCCAUUUUUUGAUGAGCUCCACUCCAUUCUAGGAUGCAAACAUAAGGUAACCCCAUUAAAUCUAGAGGAUUCAAUGGAUGAAACAUCAGAAAGUGUGAAAAAAGAAAUAGAACAGCAACAACCAGAUCAUACAGAUUCAGAGGAAACUCAAUUGGGUCCCUCAACAACAACACCAGUUAGCCGAUUUAAAAAAACUCGAAAGGUAACACCUUCUCGGCAUGAUGACCUGAUAAGAGAAAUGGAAAAGGAUAGAAAAAUAAGAAGUGAAGAAUUUAGUUUUUUGAAAGAACAUUUGAAGAAAACAGAACAACAAAAGGACAGGUUCUUAGAAAUUGUUGAGGCAGCUUUUGGGACAAAAAAAGAAGAAAAGGUGAUACAAACGAUUCUGACACUGACUAGGAUUAUUAUCGAUUAAUAUUUAUUCCUUUUUGUUUUUAUUUGAGUUUUUUAAAUUGUGUAAUAAAUAGUUUCUUGUUCUAAUAUUUUAGUUUUAUUCAAGGAAGACAUUGCCAAUGUGUAGAAGUCAAUCCAUCCAUAAAAAAAGGUAAGAUACCUUUUGUGAUAACUAACAAAUCUUGUGUGUAGAAUAAUAAUUAAGUUAAAAUGAAAGUAGAGAUAAGUAAAUUAAAAUGCAAACCUAUAAUUGUGUUUUUUAUUCAAUUUAAAUUGAAACAUGGUACAAUAAUAUUAUUCUAUGUUAUAUCAGCA